UAUUAUUUUCGAAAAGAUCGGAAAAUUUCACGAAUGUUUCAUGUAUUAACAUUGAAAAUCGGACCAUUAGUUGCUGAGAUAUCGACAUUAGAAAAUGGUGGGUUGUUUGGGUGAGACUUAGAAAACUUCAAUUUUCAUGUUUCUUUUUCUUUAAGCCGCUGUAUCUCAGCAACCAGAGGUCCAAUCUUCAAAAUAUCUUAGACAAUUUUAUAGCAAAUUUUCUGAACUUUUCAAAAAAAAUAAUAGAAAUGGUGUUAAGUACUUUUCGAUUGCAAAUUCAAUUUUACAUAAAAAAUUUAGGUAAAAUUCUUUUUUGGUAUAAAAUUUCGAUUUUUUCAAAAAUCACUAGUUUUUCAAAAAAUCAUAACUCGGCAACAGAUUUUUUGACCAUACUUCUCUAUAGCUCAAAAGUUGCGGGUUUUUUGUCCCAUAAAAGUGAAGUUUUUGUGAAAAAAAUGUUAAUUAAAAAAUCGGCAAUUUUUUUUCUGUGUACCUAUUUUUUUCUCAAUAGGCCUCAACAAUACCUACAACUUUGCCCAAGACACCAAAUUGAUCAGAAAAUUCACUCAAAAGUUGCAGCUGUUUGAGUAUUUACGUACCAUUUUUUCUAUGGACAGCUGCGGAAAUUGUAUGGAGACUUGUAUGGGUGAACCAAUGACACAAAAUAGCUUCUUUGGUCAUAGAGAAGGCCCCCACAAAGUUUGAGCCAAAUAAAAAAAUACAAAUCAAAUCCAUUUCCGGUUUUGGUAGAGAGUUGCUUUUUUGCAUUAUUAGUUUGUCCAUAUAAUAUUCCAUACAAAUUUGGCAGCUGGCCAUACAAAAAUGAUGCAUGAAAAUUCGAAAAUCUGUAUCUUUUGAUCUGUAUCGGUUGGCGAACGACUGGACAUGGCGUACCAUAGGUACUUCGAGUACCGCAGGAAUAAAAUAGACCCACCAAGCGGUCCGUUAGCCUCUUGUCCAGUAACUCCGAUACCCUGGCCUCCCCGCGGCGCUAGCCGGGAUACUAGUAACCAUUGGAGAGAUCGGGUAACCAACCCUGUGGGAACUCUGGUAGUAUGCUGACAGGGAAGGGGGGCUCCAUCCUCUUCGGAGGGUGUAGCUAUGCCGUUAGGCCUCGUGAGAAAGGCCCCCGUUACGGUGUCGAGAGAAAACCGGAGCUGGGUCUCGGUAGCUUCAAGGUGGCAGCCCCACCCCGAGACUAGGUAUCGCAGCCCCAAUCCGGCUGCAUACCGAAACCCAAAUCAUUACGAACAAUCAAGAAGGAAUAAGGAUCCGGAACAAACGGCAUAGACCUAGGCACGAAAAGGACACCGAUUGGAAACUCGGAACAUGGAACUGCAGAUCGCUACGUUUCGAUGGGUAUGAGUACGCUCUGUUGAACGAGCUCAAACCCCGCAACUUCGAUGUUGUAGCACUGCAGGAGAUGUGCUGGAAGGGAGCGAAGAUGUGGGAGGAUGAUGCUUUGGAGCUCACCAUGUACCAGAGCGGCGGAGCCGAAAACAAGCUGGGAACCGGCUUCAUAGUGUUGGGCAAGAUGCGGAGUCGUGUGAUAGAUUGGGAGCCGAUCGACGACCGGAUGUGUAGGUUGAGGAUUAAAGGCCGUUUCUUCAACUAUCACAUCUUCAACGUACAUUGCCCACACGAGGAAUCAUCCGAUGCCGAGAAGGAAGCGUUCUACGCGAAGCUGGAGCAGAAGUUCGACAGCUGCCCGCAGAGGGACGUCAAGAUCGUCAUCGGAGAUAUGAACGCCCGCAUAGGAAGGGAGGAGAUGUACAAGCCGGUGAUCGGGCCGAACAGCCUGCACACCGUCACCAACGACAACGGCCAGCGGUGCAUCAACUUCGCAGCCUCCCGCGGUAUGGUGGUACGGAGCACAUUCUUCCCCCGGAAAGACAUCCACAAAGUCACCUGGACAUCGCCUAACCAACGAACAAAAACACAAAUCGACCACGUCCUCAUCGACGGCCGAUUCUUCUCGGACAUACGGAACAUCCGCACGUACCGCGGUGCGGACAUCCACUCGGACCACUACCUGGUGGGUGCAAGCAUGCACUCAAAACUGUCGACGACGUACCACCGACGACGGAGCCGGCUCCCACCGCCGUUCAACACCGAGCGGCUGCAGGACACGGCUGCGGCUCAGCACUACGUGCAGCAGCUGGAAGCGAGCCUGCCAACGGAGGAGGAACUCGGCGCUGCCUCCCUCAACGAUGGAUGGAGCAGAAUAUGCUCGGCCAUCGGCAGUGCCGCUGAAGCCGCGCUAGGUAGUACGGUCCGAGUUGGAAAGCAGCGCUGGUUCGACGAGGAGUGCCAGCGGCUACUUGACGAGAAGAAAGCAGCUUACGCGGUGAAGCUGAGAGCCGCAACUGAUGCGAACGUGGCCAGAUACAAACAAGCGCUUAAACAGCAGAGAACGGUCUUCAAGCUCAAGAAGCGCCAGCUGGAAGAUCGCGAUCGCGCCGAAAUGGAGCAGCUGUUCCGGCAGAACGAGACGCGAAAGUUCUACGAGAAGGUUAACCGGUCCCGCAAAGGCUAUGCGCCGCAAGCCAACACUUGUCGGGACGCCGAGGGAAACCUUCUUAUGGACAAAGGCGAGGUGUUGAACAGGUGGCAGCAGUUCUUCAACGAGCACCUCAACGGCGAUGUAGCGCAUGGAGACGGCUUUGAAGCCCAACUUGGACCGCCCGCUGCUGACCAACAGUUCCCGGCACCUGAUCUGGAGACGGUGAAGAAGGAGAUCAAGCAGCUGAAGAACAACAGGGCCGCCGGUAAAGAUCGGUUACCCGGUGAGCUCUUCAAAUAUGGAGGAGAGCAGUUGGCGAGGGCGAUCCACUUGGUGAUUUCUAAGAUCUGGAGGGAGGAGAAACUACCAGAAGAAUGGAUGGAUGGUGUCGUGUGUCCCAUCUACAAAAAGGGCGAUAAGCUGGACUGCGGCAACUACCGCGGCAUCACGCUUAUCAACGCGGCCUAUAAAAUCCUCUCCCAGAUCCUCUGCCGUCUGCUGACACCGUACGCACGGAGGUUCGUGGGCCCCUAUCAAGCGGGGUUUACUGGCGCUCGGGCCACCACGGACCAAAUUUUCUCGCUCCGGCAGAUCCUCGAGAAAUGCCGUGAGUACAACGUGCCCACACAUCACAUCUUCAUCGAUUUCAAGGCAGCGUACGAUACAGUCGACCGCGAACAGCUAUGGCAGAUCAUGCACGAGAACGGAUUUCCGGACAAACUGACUCGGCUGAUCAAGGCUACCUUGGAUCGUGUGAUGUGUCACGUGCGAGUGGCAGGGGAGCUAGCGGACCCCUUCCAAUCGCACCAAGGGUUACGACAAGGUGACGGCUUAUCCAAUGCGCUGUUUAACAUCGGACUUGAGGGAGUUGUGCGAAGAGCGGGUAUAGACACGAGAGGCACGAUUUGCAACAGGACAGUCCAAUUUCUUGCUUAUGCGGACGACAUUGACAUUAUAGCGAGAGAUCUAGAGACGGUGAAAAGGGUUUACACCGCCUUAAAGACGCAAGCAAGACGAAUUGGAUUGGCCAUGAAUACGACGAAAACAAAGUACAUGAAAGGGAGGGGCUCAAAGGACGUUGACCCCCCAAGACUCACCCCUUUAGCUGUGGAUGGCGAUGUGCUGGAGGAGGUGAGCGAAUUCGUGUACUUGGGAUCGCUGGUAACGGCCGACAACGACACCAGCUUAGAGAUCCGGACUCGUAUCCACUCCGCGAAUCGCGCCUACUUUGGAUUACGGAAAACCUUGACAUCUGAUCGAGUGCAACGCGCCACGAAGCUGACCCUGUACAAGACACUGAUUAGACCGGUUGCCCUCUAUGGCCAUGAGACCUGGACGCUGCGGCAAGAGGACGAACGAGCCCUUGGAGUUUUCGAACGGAAGGUGCUGUGAACGAUCUACGGUGGAGUUCGUACAGCUCAGAACGAGUGGCGAAGGCGCAUGAACCACGAACUGCACGCGCUGCUGGGAGAACCGACCAUCGUCACACUGGCGAGAAUCGGGAGGCUCAGAUGGGCCGGCCAUGUCGCGAGGAUGGACGAAGACCAUCCUGUCAGGAUGCUCUUUGACCGCGCGCGACCGGAUGGCGGCACAGGCCGAAGAGCAGGAGCACAGCGUGCACGAUGGGGAAAUCAGAUCGAGGCGGACCUAAGAAAGAUCUGCAACCUAGGAGACUGGCGAGCUGCAGCCCAGAACCGAGCAACAUGGAACAACCUUCUUGAUACAGCACGGGCACCGCGUAUGGUGUUCUAAGCUGAUUGGUAUGGUAUGGUAUGUAUGUAUCUUUUGAAGGAUUUUUUUUGAUCGAUUUUGGUGUCUUCGCCCGGAGAACAAAAAGCUGGCGACGCAGAAGUCUGACCUGAACAAUAGGCUCAAACUGGCACAAAGCUACGCUGGCGUAGCUGGUGGAUCGUCUUCAACGCCCCAAGGUCAGAACCUCGGCGAAGAAGCUGCCGCAGCGCUCAUGCCGGUCUUCACAACACUAACAUCUGCACAAAAUCAGGGGAAGAACACAACUACAACUCCAACUACAAAUGCUCCAGCAGCGUCGCCAGCAGCUCCUCUGGCUGCUGAUCUUCCUGCUGCCCCUCCAGCUGCUGAUCUCCCUGCUGCCCCUCCAGCUGCUGAACAAGUAGCUGCCUCUCCAACCAGCCCUCCAGCUGCCCCAGUAGCUGAUGACCUCAUCGCUGUUCCUAUGGAAACCACCACUGCAGAAGGACCACACACGCACAACCAAGAACCAUCAACUGCUGUGGAAAACGCGCUGCCAGCAGGUCAGGGCGUUGAUAGCAGCCUUGCUGAUGCGUCGAAGAACACUGACCGCGAGAUCCUUGAAAACACACAAACCAACCAGGAGAUGCUGAGUGACCCCUCAACGAGUUACAGUGCAGCCGAACUCGCUCAGAGAGUUGAGUUCCUAGUACCACAGCUGCCCAUUCCAGACAUGGAAAUCUCCGAGGAAGAAAACGCAAGCUACACUGGCAAUGAUCUGACUUGAGCACUUCAGCAGGGAACGGGUUCACCCCUGUAAAACCGAAGCGCAAAAGGGGUAGGCCGAAGAAGAUUCGGACCCAGUAGACAUGCAAAAUACAACAUCUUACAACGUAGCCACCAUCAACACUAACGCAAUAUCCAACGAAAACAAGUUAAACGCACUACGGACACUUGUCCGACUACUCGACCUUGACGUAGUGUUGUUGCAAGAGGUCGAGAGCAACCAAUUUUCGAUCCCUGGCUUCAACACCUACACAAAUGUAAACGAAACUAAAAGAGGAACAGCAAUUGCCGUGAAACAACACAUGCUGGUGAGCAAUGUUCAGCGUAGCCUGGACAGUAGAAUACUCACACUCAAGGUCAACAACUGCGUUACGAUCUGCAAUGUCUAUGCGACUUCUGGAGUCCAAAGCUAUCAGUCACGAGAGAGUAUGUUCAACCAAUCUUUGCCUUUCUAUCUCCAAAACGCGGGGGAGUAUGUACUAGUUGGGGGCGACUUCAACUGUAUCGUGUCAGCCAGGGAUGCCACGGGUACAAACAGUCAAAGCAUCGCGCUGAGAGUCCUUGUACAGAACAUGAACCUGAAGGACACUUGGCAGAUUAUGAAUGGAACUCGGACGGAGUUCAGCUUCAUUCGAGCAAACUCAAUGUCUCGUUUGGACAGAAUUUACGUGUCGUCAAACAUCUGUUCACAGGUGCGCACAACGUCCUUCCAUGUGAACUCCUUCUCGGACCACAAAGUCUACAAAACAAGAGUCUGUUUACCAGAUCUUGGAAGGGCAGCUGGCAAUGGCUACUGGUCUACCCGAGCAGGGGUAAAUAACACGGGAAUACCAAAUUUUGGUAUUACUUGGGCAAAUAACAGCGACCAAAAUGUGCCCUUGGUUGCCCAGUAAUAGAUGGUAAAAUACCAUGAAAUCAUACCAAAAUCUUGUAUGUGUAAGGGCACAACAAUACCAAACCAUGUUAUUCCAAGGGUAAAAUAAUACCUCAAAAUAGAACCAUUUCAAUACUAAGUUGAGGUCUUCUGGAUUUUUGAACAUUGCUUGAAUACCAAAACUUGGUACUACCAUGGUUUUAUUUUUAGGUAUUCCCGCGCACUUGGAAAAUCAUAUUUUGGUAUAUCUGUGGUCUUUCACAUAUAUGAUUUUGGUAUGAUUUCAUGGUAUUUUACCAUCUAUUACUGGGCAACCAAGAGCACAUAAUGGUCGCUGGUAUUUGAACAAGUAAUACCAAAAUUUGGUAUUUUCAUACCAUUUUUAGUGCAGCAGUUGCAGUUAGUGAAAAAACGGAAAUUAUUCAUAUGCAACAGCCAAAUCUACUCACCAGAUGAUUCCAUGUUGUUAUUAGUGAUAUUCUUCACCACACGGAGAGACCGGCCGGGGCAAAUCUAAGAAAAUCUUGGUUAAUUUAACUAAAAGUAUGGGUUAAUUUUUUACACAGCUUUUUUUCAACAAUCGAUUGUUGAUUUUGUUAACCUGAAAUUGCUGACCACCAGUAAUUAAAAUUAACUAAAAAAAUAGUUGGAAUUGCAUUUUUUGUUGGUUAAAUGGCCGAAAAAAAUUCUAGCAGUCGACUGCUAGAAUAUUUUUUUUCAGAAAAUUAGCUAAAAAUUUCUUGUUUUCAACUGAAAUGUUGUGGAAUAUUCUGUUAAAAACUGGCUGGAACAUAUUUUUCAACUAUUUUUCAACAUUUUUGCCUUUCUUACUAAAGAAAGGUAUAGGUUUUACUUUAAGCCAGGACGUAAUUUUCAUCUUCGUAAAUAUGUCGAUUCAGCAUGAAUUUUAAGCGGAAAAAUCGUCAAAAAAUCACACUGCAUCGAUUUUCGACGCUCUAUCGAUUCACCUUGACAGAACUCGUCUAUCUCGAAUCCUCGAAUCUUGAGAAAAUAAAUUCCGUGGAGGUCGAGUGAUGUUCGUAUGUGGUAAAAUUUUGCAAAAUUUUGUGUCGCGCCGUUCUCAGCUCCCAUAAAUCCGAUUUCGAUUCUUCUGACUGCAGAUGAAAGCUAGUGUGCUGAACCUGGGUGAGUUGCCGCGCAAAUUUCGAAAUAUCCAUCUGUUUUUGGAUGCGGCCAGACUUUUCAACAAAAUACACAGUUUUCAAAUGAAAAUAUGGUAAUUUUUUUUCAUUUUCAUAUUUUUUAUUUAUCUCAAAAAUUGCAUUUUUCGAGUUCUACAACCUUCCAAAUUUUCAUCCAGAUUCAUAAUAUGGUUCUGGAGUUAGAGCCGUUUGAUUGACCUACCAUAAGAAAAUAAAUCCCUAAAAAAAGGUAAAAGCCCACCUGGUGACCGUCGCCAACAUUUUUCGUUUCGGAUUUUAUUCAAAAUUUCUUGCUACAUUCAUAGUACAGACCAUGAGUGAGCAUCUGAAACAAAUUCGACAUCGAUCGGCAAUCCCGAUCAAUUUUUAGAACGAUUUACUUUUUGCCUUUCUUACUAAAGAAAGGUAUAGGUUUUACUUUAAGCCAGGACGUCAUUUUCAUCUUCGUAAAUAUGUCGAUUCAGCAUGAAUUUUAAGCGGAAAAAUCGUCAAAAAAUCACACUGCAUCGAUUUUCGACGCUCUAUCGAUUCACCUUGGCAGAACUCGUCUAUCUCGAAUCCUCGAGUUUUGAGAAAAUAAAUUCCGUGGAGGUCGAGUGAUGUUCGUAUGUGGUAAAAUUUUGCAAAAUUUUGUGUCGCGCCGUUCUCAGCUCCCAUAAAUCCGAUUUCGAUUCUUCUGACUGCAGAUGAAAGCUAGUGUGCUGAACCUGGGCGAGUUGCCGCGCAAAUUUCGAAAUAUCCAUCUGUUUUCGGAUGCGGCCAGACUUUUCAACAAAAUACACAGUUUUCAAAUGAAAAUAUGGUAAUUUUUUUUCAUUUUCAUAUUUUUUAUUUAUCUCAAAAAUUGCAUUUUUCGAGUUCUACACAGCAAAAAAAGUAGUAAAACGCUCGCAUGUAAAGAUGGGUCGUGUAGAUAUUUUUAUGUGAUAUUACACAGUUUAGUAGUACUAAACUACACAAUUUUGCCUAUCACCGUUUACACCCAAAAUGUGUAAUAUUAUACACACUUUUAAUUAAUAUUGCAUUCGCGUGUUGUUUGCAUCAGCAGCUGGAAUCUAGCUGUCAAAAUUUGCGAACAGUUCUCAACUCGCUCUAAUCAAAACAUUGCAAACGAUUCAAUCACAAAUUUCAAGUGAAAAGUAAGAUUUGUUUAAGGAUUAAAUCGUUUGUGCAGGACUUGCAACCUUCCUUAAAUCUCCGGUUAGUUUCUGGCUUUAAAAGGACGGUAAUUCUUCUCCCGGCGAGUGACAAAAGGGUACAAUCGGUGAUGGUCGGAAAAGAAUAAUUUCGGAUUACGAAUCAGCGUAGGAUUCAACUUCAAGUAUGCGGCAAGCUGAUGGCUUCCACUCAAUCGUCGACGGUCAUUUCCAGGGGAUGGGCACCUACUCUGUGAAUCAAAUCGAUCUACCGGCCAUUGGCCAGAUGAGAUUUGUGUCCUCCGCGUGUCGCCGAUAAUCACUUUGUUUUUCUCAACAGGUUCAGCAACUAGGCUGCCAUUUUGGAAAUUUUCUGAUCGAGAUCAUACCACAAUUUCAAAUUAUGUCCGGACCAUGCUCGGCAACAUGACCAACGAAGUAAACCUGUUAGUGGUGCCCCGAUACUCCAAGAGAAUCACUCAUCCUGGCCUGACCUCCACAGCAUAGAUAAACUAUUGGCCAGCCGUGGAGGAGUCGGGUUUGAACCGUCCCGAUACGGAUGUCGAGCUCAGGUGCGCGAGGUGGAAAAUAACAAAAGUGAGGACGGCAAGGAAGACGAGAACAACAUGACGACGCCGAGUGCGUUCGAAACGGCCGAGACCCCGACGACGACGAAAAAGUCCGCCGCCAAAAAUAAUGUACGUUCCUACGUGUACGUGUAUGUGCUUUUCUUGUUGUCUUUUUCUAUGUUUAAAUGUUUGAAGAAUUUUUAAACCUGGAUGUUGUUCUAGGUCGCUUCAACACCCAAGUCCCGCGCCAUCAGCAACAAGACCAAAGCCGCGAUAGCAGCCAUCGAGGACAUUACGAGCUCGCCAUCACCGAAACGCAAGUGAAAACUAAACAAUUCCGGCGACGUGUCGACGCUGGAUCUUAGAUACCUUCUCGUCGGUACGUCGCAAUGUGCCCGUUUCACACCUGCUGAACCGCCCAGUAACAGUGGCGCGUCUUGCCACCUGCUCAACUCGGGCCACUCGGUGGUGUGGAACCGCAUCGCCAUCAAGUGCCACAAGUUCCAGGAGGCGGGCGCCAAGUUCGCCGAAACGCCUUCGGACGUGAUAAAGA